CGUCCUCACGCUCGCUGCGUCACCGGGAGCGCGCGCGCCGGCUACGAGCCCGCGCGGCACCUGAAUUGAGUUUCCCGCGCCUGGCCCAGGGAGGAGAUCCGCUCAGAGACCUGAAGAAAUGCCUCCAAAGAAAACCUCAGGAUCAGGCGCCAGAAAAGCUCCAGCUAAGCGAAAAUUGGCAGAGGAGUUCCCACCUGGGGAGGUGCUCACCGAUUCAGCCAAAAGGCAGUGGAAAUUGGGGCUGCCCGUCGGACAGGGUGGCUUUGGACGUCUUUAUCUUGCUAAUGAAAGCUCCUCUAAGACUGUGGGACCAGACGCUCCAUAUGUCAUAAAAGUGGAACCAAGCGAUAACGGUCCCCUCUUCUCAGAGUUGAAGUUCUACAUGCGUGCUGCUAAGCCAGAAAUGAUUCAGCAAUGGACCAGGUCUCAUAAACUGGACUAUCUUGGUGUGCCCAGAUACUGGGGCUCUGGACUGCAUGAGAAAAAUGGCAACAGCUACAGAUUCAUGGUGAUGGAUCGAUUUGGGAAAGAUUUACAGAAGAUUUUUGAGGAUGGUGGGAAAACGUUCCCUCACAAGACUGUAUUGCAGCUGGGGUUGAGACUGAUUGAUAUUCUGGAGUAUAUACACGAACAUGAAUAUGUUCACGGAGAUAUCAAAGCUUCCAAUCUUCUCCUUCAUCACAAAAAUCCGGAUCAGGUGUUCCUGGUGGAUUAUGGCCUUGCCUAUAGAUACUGUCCAGAUGGGGUUCACAAAGAGUAUAAAGAGGAUCCUAGGAAGUGUCACAAUGGCACAAUAGAAUUUACAAGUGUUGAUGCUCACAAAGGAGUCAGUCCUUCAAGAAGAGGAGACUUAGAAAUUUUGGGUUUUUGCAUGAUUCAGUGGAUCUGUGGCAAGCUGCCUUGGGAAGACAACUUAAUCGACCCAAAUUAUGUUACCAACUCAAAAAUAAGGUAUUGUGAUGAAGUCCCAACUCUUAUAGACACCUGCUUCCCUGGGAAAAAGAAGCCAGGUGAAAUGACAAAGUACAUGGCUGAAAUUACGCAGUUGGGCUAUGAUGCUAAACCUCCGUAUCAGAAAUUAAGAGACAUUCUUUUACAAGGCUUAAAGGCAUUGGGUAGCAAGGACAACGGGAAGCUGGACUUCCCUAGCAGCCAGAAUGGACAUGUCCCUACAAGGGAUCGGAAGAGAAAGUUACCCAAGCCAUCUGAAGAGGAAGAAGAAAAG